AUGGUUAGUUCUGUUUGCAUUUUUUCGCAGCUGGUGGAUGUGCUUCUCGUACUUGCAUUUUUCAGUCAUAUUACAUGGGCUGUCAGUGGCAGCUCACCUUGCAAACAGACCGAUGUCGGGGUGAUUCGGCCUCAUAGUGUCACCAUUACCGAAUUUGGCACGGUUGGAGACGGUGUCACUCUCAAUACAAAAGCAUUUCAGAAUGCCAUCUUCUACCUCAAUUCCUUUGCUGACAAAGGUGGGGCCAAGCUUUUUGUCCCGGCUGGUCGGUGGUUGACAGGAAGCUUCAAUCUCAUCAGUCACCUAACCUUGUGGUUAGAUAAGGAUGCGGUAAUUCUUGGAUCAAAGACUUCUGAUGAUUGGCCACUUGUUGAUCCAGUGCCAUCCUACGGUCGAGGCAGGGAGUUACCCGGUGCAAGGCACCAGAGCCUCAUAUACGGUCGCAAUUUGACUGAUGUAAUCAUAACAGGUGAUAAUGGAACUAUUGAUGGCCAGGGCAGUGUUUGGUGGAACUGGUUUAGAAGCAAAACUCUGAACUAUACUCGGCCCCAUCUGGUUGAAUUGAUGAACUCGACUGGGGUUGUAAUCUCGAACUUGACUUUCUUGAAUUCUCCGUUUUGGAACAUUCACCCAGUUUACUGCAGCCGUGUCACGGUCCAGAAUGUCACAAUCAUGGCUCCUUUGGAUUCACCAAACACGGAUGGGGUUGAUCCAGACUCUUCUGAUGAUGUUUGCAUUGAAGACUGUUAUAUUAGCACUGGUGAUGAUCUAAUUUCCAUCAAAAGUGGGUGGGAUGAGUAUGGCAUCUCAUUUGCUCGUCCCAGCACAAAUAUCGUCAUCCGCAGGAUCAUUGGCCACAAUCGGAACGGCUCCGGGAUUGCAAUUGGAAGUGAGAUGUCUGGAGGUGUUUCUGAAAUUUAUGCAGAAGACAUCUUUUUAUUCAAUUCAAGCACGGCUAUUAAAAUAAAAACUGCUCGUGGAAGGGGUGGUUAUGUGAGAAAUAUCUAUAUUUCAAAUGUGACCCUGCCCGGUGUAGACACGGCUAUAAUUUUCAAUGGUAGCUUUUCUCAGCAUCCAGAUGAGUUUUACGAUCCGAAUGCUCUCCCCGUGAUAGAAAGAAUUACCUUCAAAGACGUCACGGGAGAUAGCAUAAAAGUCGCCGGCCUCCUCAAUGGCAUCGAAGGGGACAGUUUCCGUCAUGUUUGCUUAUUGAAUAUAACUCUCAGUGUAACCACAGAGUCUCCAUGGAACUGCUCAAAUGUUCAAGGAUACUCCGAUUUGGUUUCCCCAAAAACUUGUGAACCUCUGAAGGAAAGCAUCAACCCGAAGUAUUAUUCGGAUUGUUACCUUCUACCAGUCAUCUGUCGAGUUCAGGUAAUCAAAACAAAGGUUCUUGGUUGCUUUCGUGGUAAAUAAUGGAAACAAAGCAUUAUUCAGAUUGUUACCCUCUUUCAUCAAUUUUGAUUUCUUUACCCGGAAUUUUGAUUCUUCCCACUUCUCGAAACAAACAUCCUAGCACCUCUCCAAGAGAACGGUGCCCGACAUAAGAAGUUGAUUGUUUAUUGUAGCUGUGUGCAGUAGCAGAUAAUUGAGUGUGAUUAGAUGAAUGUCUUUUGUUUUUUUUUUCCCUUCUCCUUUACCCUUUUGGCUGCAUGUCAAGUUUUGUUAUGUUCAUAUGGAACAAGUUCUUCAAAAAAAAAAAAGGUUCAAUGAAAAUAGAAUCAUAGAAAUAUUUACAU